GGGAUAUACUUGCUCGGCUUUCCUAUUAAUGUCCCUUGCCUCUGAGAUACUCAACUUUGCUCCCAUGGGAGUAGACUCGCUUUCCCUUGCCCUGGGACUUACUGCAUCAUCCUUUGGGGCAGGGGGGCCCCGAUCCAUGACCAUGGGCGACAAGAAGAGCCCGACCAGGCCAAAAAGGCAAGCAAAACCUGCAGCAGACGAAGGCUUUUGGGAUUGUAGUGUCUGCACCUUUAGGAACAGUGCUGAAGCCUUCAAAUGCAGCAUCUGCGAUGUCAGGAAAGGCACCUCCACAAGAAAACCUAGAAUAAACUCUCAGCUGGUUGCUCAACAAGUUGCCCAGCAAUAUGCCACACCUCCGCCUCCCAAAAAGGAGAAGAAAGAGAAAGUGGAAAAACAAGACAAAGAAAAGCCUGACAAAGAAAAAGAAAUCAGUCCAAGUGUUACGAAGAAGAACACCAAUAAAAAGACUAAACCAAAGUCAGAUAUUGUAAAAGAUCCUCCUAGUGAAGCAAACAGUAUACAGUCUGGGAAUACUACAACAAAGACCAGCGACUUAAAUCACACUUCAAGGCCCAGACUGAAAAAUGUGGACAGAAGUACCGCACAGCAGCUGGCAGUCACAGUGGGGAACGUCACAGUAAUUAUCACAGACUUUAAAGAAAAGACUCGCUCCUCUUCCACAUCUUCAUCUACAGUGACCUCCAGUGCAGGAUCAGAACAGCAGAAUCAGAGCAGCUCCGGCUCUGAGAGCACAGACAAAGGCUCGUCCCGUUCCUCCACGCCAAAGGGCGACAUGUCAGCAGUUAACGAUGAAUCUUUCUGAAAAUUGCACAUGGAGUUGUGGAAAACUAUGAAUCAGGGUAUGAAAUUCAAACACUCCACCUGCCCAUGGGGCUUCAAUCCUGGAGAGCCUCAUCUGUGCUUGAACACACACUUUCUUGGACAUCACCCCUAUACUGAUGCAACCAGGAUAAUUUCUGCUUGUCAUGGGCAUCUGGCCACCAAGGAAUUUCGCACCCUGACAGUUACUCUUGACACUUUUAUGUAUUCCAUUGUUUUAUAUAAUUUUCCUAACAAUCAUUUAUAAUUGGAUGUGCUCCUGAAUCUACUUUUUUAUAAUAUCUGCUGUGCACAAUUUUCCAUGAACAUUACAACUUUUUGUUUUUUUGGAGUGUGUGGGGGGAGGGGAACGGGACUUUAUUUAUUGCAUUCACAACCUCCAUCCUCCUUCAGCAUAUCCUUUAAGUUCAGUUCUUUCUUCUUCCAGUUAUACUGUGUACUAUCAGUUUUGAUAUAAAUUAUAUAUAAAUAUAUAUAUAAAUAAAUAUAUAUAAAGGGUUAUUUGAAACCAAUACAUGGAAACGCUGGUGCUUGAAACACUGUGAAGUGAAACAAAAAUAUUGAACAGUUAAAGAUCUGGGACAGUCCCCUUUUGUGAAAGUGCUGAUACUGAAAUGGAACCAGGCUUAGAUGAAAAGUGUGUUCCAGAAGGUUUAAACCUAGAUGAGACCUGAUUUCUCCCUCCUCCCCUUCCCUGCCAACUUUUAGCUAAACAGUUCUGGACAAAUAGUUUUUAUUAUACAUUGUGAUCUGUAAUGGGAAGACUCCUCCAGAUAGCCUGCAUUCCCAA